AGCCCCAAUCCCAUACCCACAUUCAUACACGCAAUCAAACCAAAAUCACAACCAAAACCAACUUUUUUUUUUUUUUCUUUUUGUAAAACUUAAAAAUAAAAAUAAAAAUACAAAAACAAAAAGAUGCUCCUUCUAAUCCUCAACCUUCCCUGCCCAACCCCGUGCACUAUAUAUACAAACCGCCCUUCUCAUUUUUAGCCCAUUUUUCUUCACUCUUCCUCUUCGUUCUCACUCUCACUCUCUUUCUCUCUCUAUUCUCUCUCUCACUCUCUCUCUCUCUCUCUCUCUCUCUCAAACUGUGAAAGGGCUUUAGGAUUUACUCUCUUCCAGUCUACUUCUUCCCGAAAGAAGCCCGGUAGUUUUUGCUGUUCUGUAUCUGUUCCUUCCAUUUUCAGAGGGGGUAAAAGAUAGAAGAAGAAAGCUUUCUGAUCACCAUCCCCUGUUUUUCACUGUCAAGAAAAGAAUUACUUUGCCUCUUUGACCGGUCUGUAUCGUACCUUCUUUUUACUAUACUGGUUCAAGAUCUUUGUUUCUACAUAUAUGUAUAUGUAUAUAUAUGUAGAUAACUCCUAAGCGUGUCCAAGGAGGUCAGAUUCUGGGACUGCUGUGGCCUGGUGCUUACCUUGAAAAAAGUUUUCCCACUUUCUCUGCAACCGAAGCAGCAGCAGCAGCAGCAGCUUUCCCCAGCUUCUCACCCCUAAUCUCCUAUAUUAUACCCCCAGUACACCAACCAAAAACCAAUUUCAAAUCUCCUUUUUUCUACUCUUUUGACUGUUCUCUAAACAAAGUUCAGUAGCUUCCCAUGUAAAAGGCAUACAUAUAUAUGUCUUUGCCUUCACAUCAUCCUGAUACACAUGACCAAAGCCAUCUGCAACCCUUUGAUCGGCUAUCCUCUGCCAGAAGAUCCAUGGUAACCUCCUGUACAGACACCGAUUCGCCGACCAACUCCGGUAUGGUUAAGUAUUCUGAGCACGUAACCACAAUGAAUAAGCUCGUCCUUCAAGACCGGAAACCCAUUGCUUCCGGUGACCAUAACUCAUUCAAAACCACCAAAACUGUUCAACAGAAAGUCGUACGGAUCAUACACACCGAUGCGGACGCUACGGACUCGUCCAGUGAUGACGAGGAGGAGAGAUCUAUACGGCGUGUGAAGAGACACGUCAGGGAGAUCAACAUGGAACUGUCCUCCUCAAGUUCAACCACCCCUGUUAAGACGCCGCCGGCUAAACUAAACCAGCCACCAACCAAGAGACCUCCGAAAUUGCCGGAAUCCGAUUCCUCUCGCCGUAAAAAGUUCAGAGGUGUUCGCCGGAGACCUUGGGGUCGAUGGGCGGCCGAAAUCCGAGACCCGAACCGGCGAAAGCGGGUUUGGCUCGGUACUUUCGACACGGCGGAGGAAGCGGCAACUGUCUAUGAUAAAGCUGCUGUUAAGCUCAAGGGACCUAACGCCGUCACCAAUUUUCCCAACGCAGUUAUGACGGAGGCGACGGUCGUCAUCGACUCGCCUCCCGAAGAGAGUCCUUCGAGCGUUGCCAGCGGGUCGGCGUCAUCUCCCACGUCAGUCCUCCGUUACGACGAACCGUCGCUGUUUAACGGUUUCGGUUACUUGGACGCCGAUGCGUUUGGGUUUGAUAUCGACGCGCCGUUAAGUUUCCCAGAUAUUAUGCUGUCGAGGAAGACCAUGGCGGAGUUGGAGUUCAGCGAGUUUGACUUCAAGGACUUCUCGGUCGACGUCGUUUUUUAAAAUUAGCAUAUCACGACACGUUUUGGUGCUUGAAUACUUUUAUGCCGGGGACUGUUUUGGUAAUGCGGAGGACUUUGGUAGAUAAAUAUUGUGGACGUGGCACAGUUCGAUUUGCUCUUCCCUGGACGGAGCGGGACCCAAACGCUAAAGCAACGAUGGAAAUUCUCAAAAAAAUGUUUCAAUGGUUUUGUUACUGGUUUGGUUUGGCUGGUCAUAUACCGGUCAAACUACGGAGUGUGAUUAUCAUAGCAAGAGUCAGCCGAUUUUUUACCCAAAAUACACGGCGAUUUUGUCUGUACUUUUUUAUUUAUAUAUUUUUGUUGUGUUGUAUAAUUGUAAUUACGUGUAAUUAAUCAUCAUUAUUGAUAUUAGGCAAGGCAAGGAACUAGGAAGAAGAAGUUUUUAUGUGAGCGAAUGAAAUUAAGAGUAGCAACUAGCAGAAGUGCUUGAGUUUGGAUGCCAGUUCAUUGGAUAUCACGCUUAGCGUUGAAUAAAUGAAAAGCCGAAAGAGUUGAAAAUUUA